ACCAAAAAGGCGACAACAAACAGUAAAGCUGAACGAAGAGGUGGCGAAGGACUACCUCUGGCUUCUUCUUCCACCUACUCGACUUCCUCCGCAGCCAAAGGCAGGGAAUUCCGCUGAUGUGUGAUGCGAUGCAGGCCUUCUUCCGCCUCGAGCCAUAGCAGCAGUGGUGGUGGGCAAACUGAUGGCACCGCCGCGCAAGAAGUGGACGGAGGAGGAGGAGCGAUCCCUCCUCGAUAAGUACGCCGAGAUGGCUGCUGACGAGUCCCUUUCCCGCCUCCGCACACGCGAGCGCCGCUUCCGCCCCAUCGCUGCCCACGUCAACGCUCGCCACCACGCCGCCGACCCCGCCGCUUACCCCUUCCUCUGGUCCUGGAAAGACGCCGCCACCAAGGUGCACAACAUGCGCCACCAGUACCUCCUCGUCAAGCGCAAGCUUCUCGUCCUCAACCGAACCUCCUCGGUUUCAUGUUCCGCCGACGCUGCCAUCGACGACUGGGCCAAGCAAGGCAUCUCCCACUGGCCCAACUUCCUCCGCUACCGCUCUAUCUUCGGCGAUGCAUCCUUACAGCCGGCGGACCCCGCCCCUGUUCCCGGGGUCCCCUUCGAUGAUGACGGCGAACUCGGCCUAGGGUUAGCCUUCGACUGCUGCACCGAAGGCGCCAGCGAGGGAGCCGAUCGUGAGAUCGAGGACAACGAGGGUUUUGAUUUCGAUGAUGUGACCCCUGUCUCCGCCGCGGUGCCACAGCAACUCUUGCCGCCUCCGGUGGUGGAGAUGGGCACGACGAAGAGGAGAAAGAAGAAUCGUACUGAGCAGCGGCGAGCGCUGGCUACUUGGUGGGGGUGGGAGGCGAGGAUGGAGGAGAGGGAGGCGGAACGGGAGAGUUUGAGGAGGGAGAGGAAACGGACGGCGGAGCAGGUGGAGGAGGAAAGGGAGCAGGGGAGGAGACAGGCAAAGCAGCAGUGGAGGGAGGAGGACCUGGAGUGGGAGGAGAGGAUGGAAGUGAAGAGGGCAGAAUGGAGGAAGCGGAUGGAGGGGAUGCUGAAGGAACACCAGGUUGAGAUGGAGCAGGUCCAGGCUCAAAUCCUCCAUGAGCAACAGACUGUGGUCGGUCAGCUCCUGGGAGCGCUAUCUCAAUGGGUGGCAAGCCCUGUGUUUGGAGGGUUCUCGGAUGGCGGCAGUGGUCCCGGAAUGGGAAAUCACCACCAUGAUCACCAUCAACACCACCACCAACCCAUGCCAUAUCUGUCUCAAAUGAUGCAGGGGUUGCACCACCAUGUUAACGGAAUUGUUUCAGCAGAGAAUCGGAUCGAUGGGGAUGCACAUGAGGAUCAUUUUAUUGUUGAUCAUUGAUUGAAUUUGGUAAUUUUGAUCACUUAUAUCACAUUAAGGGAUGUAAUGAGAUCACUCAGAUGGAGUAUUGUAGUGGCAGGCGUUUGCAAGAGGAAGAAGCAUAAUGCUUAGUGAUCAGAAUUGGAUUUUUGUAAAUGGCUUCAUGCUGGAUUGGAGAUUUUGGAGGACAUACAGUGACAGCAUACAAAUCCAUUGUGUGGUGUUCAAAGUUCAGAAUGUUGAAAAAUAAUGUUUAUAUAUACAGCUCUGAGCAGAAAUAACGUUCAGAAGCAUUGCACAUCAUGCUUCUGAACACUGAAAUUUGGGUAACAGAAGCUGCAGGAAGAAUUAUUCUUCAGGGAGAUAGCUUUUAGAUAGAGUUGUCUUUGGCAUGGAAUGGCUUGGCUGUAUUGGCUCUUCUACUAUGGACUCAUUGGGUGCUCUGCUGCCGGAAUUAUGGUCCUGACUGUAUAUUAGGAGAAUUUUGCUACCGCAGCCUUUAUGGAUGGAGUGGAUACAUGUGCAGUUCUCCGCUCAGCAGAGCAUCGUCAGGCAGAAGUUGGUAACAAACAAUAUCGGCAGAUGAAGAAGGGAUGCACCAUAUAAAUGAGCUUUUGUUUUGGUAACUUGGGUUUAUAGAAUGGCUAAGAGAAAAGUUAGGGAUGACAAUAAGAGCUGGAAUACUGGAUGCUUGUCUAGCUCAUCUGAAAGUGAUUUAGAAGUCAUGCAGGCUCUGUCAUUGUUGCAACAAUCAUGCAUAUACCUUGCAGUUUCAAAUUCAACAAAUGAAGCUGCAAUUACUUUGGAGUACUUGGAUGAGUCAGUGGUUUCUGAUUCAAAGAGGUAUACUUCUACAACUGAAUCUUAGAUGAUGAGGUUGUUCAAAAUUUUGAAGGUUUAUUUUCUGUAUUGUUUGACACCAAAGUGGUUUAAGGCAGCAGCUAAAUAAAUAUUAGUUGUUUUGAGUUUCAUAGUGUGUCUCAUCCAAUGGAUUGGAUUUUCUUUACAUCGUAAAGUAUUUAUUUUUUUGAUUGAGUUAUAAUUCUCAAUCAAAAUAACCAGGUUAAUUUAGCUUAACCCAGCCUGACUGCCAGAGUUCAAUAAACUCAAAAAAUUUUCUGUUUUGCUUUAAACAUAGAUGACCACAUGGUUAUCUGCAAUAAAGAUGAAUAUUGCAAAAUAAUGCAUAUUCUUAGGGUAAUUUAUAUUGCAUGGUUACGUUAAAAUCUUCUAGAAGAAUGUGUAUUAUCACUUCUACUUUUAACAGUCCACUUGUGAGUAAUUAGAUGCCUAUUAAAUAAAUUAACGAAUAUAACAAAUCGAGAUAUGCACAACUCUUUCAAUAAUCUCAUGGAUGACAUAAUUCUUGAGAUCAAAAGGUAGCACUUACUACAUAGAAGGAAUUCCAAAGAGGUUUGUAAAAAAUGCGCAUUUAUGUUCCUUGUGCUAGUGAUAUUUAAAAUGCAACAAACAAAAUAAAGAAAUUGAACUCACAGUACUCAAUUUGCCGUUCGGUGCCUAAACGUUCUCAUCUGCAUGCCCAUAAACCAUCAAUACCUCGAUCUCAUGCAUGACUGGUAGAAGUAGAUGGACAAUAUCAGGCAUUUGAACAACCGCAGCAGAAGAACAGAAUUGCCUUUGUUAAUUUCUUAAUGAUCUUAAUCUUCUUUUUUGUUCUCAUAAGACAAUAUCAGGAUGAGAUGCUGUCUGCCAUAGUUCUCUAGCUCUCCAUCGAAUGAAGAAAGAUCAAGGAUGGAAGUCCAGGAGGGUGGUGCAGGUAUUUAUGCUUCGACUCCUACCUUUUUAGCUUGAAAUAGAACAUGACAUGAACAUAUCUUCUCUUGGCAUCUCUAGCUUUGAUUUUUGAAAUAUAAGAAAAACCGGUGUUCUCAUGCUUUUUUUUCCCAACAAAUUUUAAUUGUUUAUAUUGAUUCAGGUUUCAGAAUUAUGCAAAUAGUAUCUCUAUAAGACAGUAUACUCACUCUAAUAAGAGCCUCAAAAUAUUAGUUCAUCUUAUAUUUCAUUCUUAAUCUGGAUUGGAUUGAUUUGUGAUCAAUAGAAUAAGAAUGCAGAGGACACCUAACUGUUGCUUCCUAAUAUGUACUGCCUAGUGUCAAGUAUUUUAUUUCAUUUUCUUUAAUUUGUUUUUAUUGUAUGUAUCAUAAACUAAUGUGUAUGGUAAUUUAUUUUGGGGAAGAGGCAAAAGAGAUUAAUUCUGCACAUCCACUUACAGUAGAGAUAAAUUCAUGUCCCACUAAAUCAUGUCCAAAAUUGAUAUCAUAGCCACCAUCUAUCAUCUUUGAUUUAGAGAAUUAAUUUACAGACGCAUGAUCAUUAUUUGAACGAUUUGUAUCGGUCAACUUAACCUCCACACAAUCAUCGUGGUUUCAUUAAUUAGAGAAAUCACAUCCCCCACAUAAUCCAUACACAGCAUGUUCCUUGUGCAACAAAUCUCAGAAUAACUUGGAGCAAACAAGAAUUCCUAAACCCUUGUUAUUGUUGUGCAUCAAUUCCUGUGUCUUCAUCACAGUAGUUUCUUUCUUUCCUUGUUCAUGUAUACUCCUCUCUUCACAGAGGCUUCAGAUUCCUUGUGGGGACAUCAAAAUUAAGAA